AUGAAUUUAACAUAAUUAGAGUGCAUAUUCUAAUCAUUAAAUUCUAUUAAAACUCCUCCAUCAUAAUGGACAUUGGAUUAAAUUCGUAGUUUUUGUGAUCAUUACAAACUUGAAUGGGCUAAAGAAAUUCUAAGAGUAUAAAUUUAAUACAUAUGAUUAUUUUAGAUUCAUCAGAAUAAAUAAUUAAAUGUAGAUCAUCUACUUUUAAAUAAUGUACUUGGAGGAAAAUAAAAAAAGCAUAAUGAAAAGGUCUAAGAUAAAAUAUCAAUUUUAGAAGCUUAAGGAUUAGAGAAUGAUGUAAUUAAAGAAAUUUGUUUGGCUAAUCAAUUCUUCUAUAGAAAUUUUAGUGAUAAAAACAUUCAUUAUCAAAUUGUUAAAUUGAAAAUCUGGUCUUUUAUACUUUAUAUAUAUGAAACUAAUCGUUUAUCACUUAAAAGAUUAUAAGGAUUGCAUAGAAGCAAAAUUUAUACAAGAGGUAAAUGUUGUAGAUGUUCUGGACCAGAAGGAAAAUGUACUUGUGAAUUGUUAUAAGAAAUACUUUAACAAAUCAAUUGUUAUGUUAAGUCUAUAUUUAUGGCUGAUAAAGUAAUUGAACAUAGAAGAAAUAGCAAUAUCUACAUCAAAUCAAAUCUAAUCAAACUUUUAUUCACUAAUACAUAAUAUUUACCAAAAGAAUCCCCACUUUUUUGGGAUGUUGAUUAAGUAACUGUCCUUUUAAAAAUUGUUAAAUUAGAUUGUUUAGAUGAGCUUUUUAAAUAAAAUCUAGUUGAUGGAUUUAUUAUUUCUGUUUUAGGAAAAUGUCCAUUUACUGAAACUAGUUCAUUACUUAAACUUUUUGAUUUUAAUUUAUAAUCUAAUAUUAAAAUUCAAAAUGUUAGACUUUAAACUCAUUCUAAACUUACAUAAAUGUAAAAAUAUACAUAUAUACAAAAUGUAUUUUUAAUGCUCUUUUACUUAACCAAUACAUUAAAUUAAACUAUAUAUAAUUGUUUAGAAAUUGAUUAAUUUUAAACAGAAGGUCAAUAAAUUAAUUAAUUUGAUUACUUUGAUUUAUUUUAUUUUAAUGUUAAAUGUCCAUAAGUUUGGAAGAAAUUUCCAGAUAAAAAAGCAUAAACAUCCGAUAACUUAGAAACUUUUAAAGUAUUUAAUUUAGAUGAUGGUCGUCAUGAAUCAAUUGCUAUGGAGACAUUUAGAUCAAAUUCUGUCAAUAUGCAAAAUUACAAUAAAACUAAUAUUGAUUUAUAGAAAAUACAAAAAGCUAAUUCAGGAAUUGAUAGCAGUGUUCGUUAAAGAUAGGAUCUUGUUUAUUGUUAAAAAGAAUUAGCAUAAAAAGCUAAUCAAAUUUUAGCUAUAGAUAAUACUAUUACUACUACUUCUGAGAAAACUCCUUUAAUUGAUUCAGCUAAUAAAUUAAUUGAUAAUUAAUCUAAUAAAUAAAUUGAUAAUAAACAAUCUAUGUAAGAAUCUGUUUAUUUUCCAUCAAGUUAAUAAAUGUAAGAGAGUGUAUAUUUCCCUACACCCUAAUAAUAAUAAUUAUAAGAAUCUGUUUAUUUUUAAUAAUAAGAUAAUAAACCUAUGCAAGAAUCAGUCUAUUUUCCUAAAACACAAAAUAAUCAAUAACAAAUGUAAGAAUCUGUAAUCUUCCCUUAAAAAGAAUAAAAAUAAAUGUAAGAAUCAGUAUAUUUUAUUCCUCCAAAGUAAGGAAUGUAAGAGUCAGUAUAUUUUCCUUAAUAAGAAAAGAAUGAAUAAUAGAUAGAAGGAUCAGUUUAUUUUACUAAUUAAAUUUAAAACUCAGUAGCAUUUCCUCAAACACAAAAUUAAUAAAUGUAAUAAUCAGUAAUUUAUUAAGAACCUAAAAAUAACGAUUUAGGUUAAUCAGAAAUAGUAGGAUAAUCAAUAAUGAUGGGAGAAUCAACAAUUAUUAAUAAUAAUAAUACUAUUGUGAAUUAGAAUAACUAAAAUUUUAAAGAUCAAUUUAAAAAUAUAGAUAAAACUAUAAAUAAAGUAUAAGAUGAUUAGGAUAAAAGAAAAUAAUAAAAGAAUGGAAAAUUAUAAGUUUCUUUUUAAUAAUAAAAUGAUAAAGAAAUUUAAAAUAGAACACCAACAAGAUAGAAAAGAAUAAAAUUAAUUAAUUCUAUUGAAUACGCCAGUCUUUAGAGUGUUUUUAAUAAUCCAUUUAUUCUAAAUGUAAGUCAUCAAAUGAAAAUAAAAUCCGAAUAAUUUCAUAAGGUAUUAAAUUAUUAAAUAAAAUAGAUUUUAUUAAUAAAUUUGAUUGGUGCGACUUUUGGUAGAAGUUAGGAUAAUCAAUAUGUCUUAUAAGAUUAAUCUAAGAUUUCCUCAAAACAUGCGAGGAUAAUUAUUGUGAAGGGUAUAUUUAUGAAAUAAAAAAGAUAGAUUUCAUUUAUAGGAUUUGGGAUCUAAAAGAGGAACCUUUUUAAAUGCAUAUAAAAUGAGGAUUACUAAAAACAUGGUAUUUUAUGUUGGAGACAAAUAAGCUUUUUAAGUUUUAGAUGUUAAUGAAAAUGAAGGAGUAUUGACACUUGCUUUUGAUAAAGAAUUAAUUGAUACUAAAUAAAUUAAUCUUAAAAUAGGUGAAACUUGGUGUAUAGGAAGAGAUUUAAAGAGAACUAAUUAUUAAUUUAUUGGAUAUCCUAUUCAUUAAUUAUUAUCAUAAAUUCAUUGCAUAAUUUCUUACAUUUAAAAAGAUGGUGAAGUUAAAUUUAUAAUAGAUGAUCAAAUAUCUAAAAAUGGAACAUGGUUAAGAUUAAGCGAUAAGAAAAUACUAAGUCAACCUUAGCUAUUAUGUAGGAAUAGCAAGUUUAAUUUGGCCUUUGAGAUACAAUAUGAAGUGAUUGAUGUUUAUUAUUAAAAUAAUUAAUGA